UCAUCUCUCGCCUGCCCAUCAUCCCACCCCUGUUCUCAAAGUUUGGUUUAACAUUUCUUCCGCUAUUUGCAACGUAGAAGAAAAAUCGGAAGUUGGACCGAUUGAGAGAUAAAACUACGGGACGUUUUACUUUAUUGCUACGACCUUCUCUCGCAGGAGCGCAAGACACACCGUCAGCAUGGAGAUGGAAAUUCUGGACAAUGUGAUCUUUCUGGGUACUGUCACUCUGCUCAGUGCUCUUCAGAAUGUAUUCUUUGCGUACACAGUGCAGAAUGAAUCCCUCCAGAAGCGGCCGACUCAUAGCGCUUUUGACCGGGUCAGAAUAGCAAACCAUAAUUGCGCUGAGGUUUAUCCCACAUUUCUUGCUUUACUGUGGACUGCUGGAAUUUUCUGUAGUCAAGCUCCUGCAGCCUUCGCUGGAUUGUUGUAUUUGGUGGUGAGGCACAAAUACUUCGUGGGUUACUUAGGAGAGAACAGUCAAAGUCUUCCUGGUUUCUUUUUUGGAAAACGUUUGAUGGCAUUCUUAUUCAUCAUGGCAACUGCUGGAAUUAUCAACUAUGCAACAAACUAUUUCUUUGAAAUCAACUUUCUGUAUUACAUUCAAACAGCCACAAAAGCCUCUGCUGCAUUGCUUCUUAUUCCCUAAUCAGGUUGAAGAUGUUGUUAACAUCAGCAUGGAAGCUUUAAUAACUCCAAUCAUUUGUUAACAUAGACCCAUAUAGCACAGAGUCAGAUCCUUCAGUCCAAUUCAUCCAUGCCGACCAGGUUUUACAAAGGAAACUAGUCUCGUUUGCCUGGAUCUGGCCCAUAUCUCUCUGAACCUUUCCUAUUCAUGUUCCUGUUCACCUGUCUUUUAAAUGUUUUAACUGUACCUUUAUUUCCCACUUCCUCUAUUUUUUUAAGCAAAUUCAUUUGUGGCUGUUUGAUUAAAAGCUGAAGUAAAGAAUUCAUGUCUGUAUGGUUCCCCUUAUGACAAAAUUAAAAAAAUUCAAGUGGAACUUUA